AUGACAAACUCCCAGAAGUCCAUCGCCUUGUGUGAGCACUUCCAGAGCGUACACACGAAGGAUGAGGUCAUCCUGCAACCCAUGCACCAGCCGGCAGGAUCCACGCUGAUGGAGGAAAUCAUUUUCCUACCGGAUGAGGUGGAAGAGACCCUGGUGAGUUUAGAUAGGGGAAAAGCGGUAGGACCGGACGAAAUCCACCCAGCACUGCUUGGGCCUCUAGGGAGCAUCUUGGCUGCCCCGUUAGCUCGCCUUUUCAAUAUGUCCAUGGCGACAGCCACAUUGCCGCAGGACUGGAAAGUAGUUACUGUGGCCCCCAUCCACAAACUAACUAUAGGUCCGUUAACUUACUCUCCGCGGUCCUAA